ACUCGGACAUGAGACGACUUUGUUUUGUGUUCGAUAACGUUGCCGGUAGUCAAUGAAAUUUGGACUGAUUUUCCCUUAAUAUUAGCUCGGAUUUGGACAAGAAGUUGUUUAUUUUAUCUACAAUCAUGCAGACUAUUGUAGCUAACGUCGAAAAUGUAAACUUUGAGGUGGAGGUGCAGAUUAACAUGCAGCUAGGGACGUUACCGCUUCCCUUUUCAGGCAUGGAUAAGUCCAAUUCUGCAGUAUGCCAGUUUUACAAGAACCACUCCUGUGUCAAAGCUGCUCUGUGUCCCUUCAGACAUGUCAAGGGGGACAAGGCCGUCGUGUGCAAACAUUGGCUGAGAGGCUUAUGCAAGAAAGGCGACGAGUGUGAAUUCCUCCAUCAGUUUGACAUGACAAAAAUGCCUGAAUGCUUUUUCUUUGCCAAAUUUGGUAUGUGCAGCAACAAAGAUUGUCCUUUCCUUCACAUUGAUCCUGAGGCAAAAAGAAAGGAUUGUCCGUGGUAUGACAGGGGCUUCUGUAAACAUGGUCCACUUUGCAAGAGUCGUCACGUGAGGAGGGUAUACUGUCCAAACUACCUUCUUGGUUUCUGUCCAGAUGGCCCAAACUGCAAAUAUGUACACCCAACCUUUGACCUCCCGACCUCUGCUGAAAUGAAAGAUCUACACACGGGUGGCCGGAAGAUUUGGACAUGCCACAGCUGUGGUGAACCGGGUCAUAAAGCUAUCAACUGUCCUAAGAAGAACCCAGUUCAACCCUAUAAUACUGCCGCUCCGCCGAUGUCUUUCAGUCAGAAACAGGCUGCAGAAAAGCAAGGACAGGGGCUUCGUGUUCUAUCCAACUCAGAGGUCAACUCUCAAUCUACUCUACAAAACAACAAAGAGACAAAUCAAACAUUCCAGCCAAGGCAUGGAUUUCAGAGAGGUCAAAGGUCAUAUGAUCACAUCACAUGUUAUAAGUGUGGAGAGAAGGGUCAUUUUGCCAACCACUGCCCGAAAGGUCAUUUAGCAUUCCUGAGUAAUUCAUUACAAGGUCCGCAGAGCACACAACAGGAAGAGCAGCAACCUCAGUGAUGACCUUUUGACCUUUCCACCAAUUCAACCAUGUCUGAUUCCUGCUACUAAUUCCUUUCACAUCUCCCAAUCCAUUCCAGGCUCCAUGCCCCGUUUUUCAAAGAGUUACGAUUGAUCCAAUCAAUAGCAACUCUAUGGAAAUCCAUUAGUGUCAUAAUUUUUUCUACAGGAAAUUUGCAAAAUGUCCUCUGUAAACUAAGGAGAACACACCAUACUGUCAAAAAAUCAUUGAAUUUAUGGAUAUACAUUCAUAUCUAGAAUUUUUGUUGAACAACAUUCAUUUUAUAUGUUGACUUUGCUGGCUUUCCAUAGUUGCGAUUGAUCGGAUCAAUCACAACUCUUUGUAAGACGGGCCCCAGAUUGAAAUGCACUGGUGCUUAAACGUUAAUUUGAAUCCACUGAUUUGUUUUGCAAAAUGCAAAGUGCAUGGUCUAUUCGCUUGGAGGAACGUUAGAUGAAUAAUUUAGAUUUAUUUUAUUUGAAUUUAAUUGUGUAGAAUGAUUCUAAAUUUCAAAGAUUAUACAUGUACAUGCAAACUGGGGGUAAAAAGAUCUGUGAUAUAAAUCUUCCUCAUAUUAUAUGGUAAUAUUUAAUUAUUUGGGGCUGUAAUAUUAAAUAUAUUUUGUACAUGAUUAAAAUGAUGAUUGUAGUAUGAAGUGCCAAAAUUUUCCUGAUAUUUGAUUUCAUUUCAAUUGUUUCAAACAAUGUAAUAUGUGAGAAGAAAUAGUAUGAAUUGUAAUACUGCACUUCAUCUUUAACUGAUUAUCUUAAUUUGUGAUUGGGCUAACCAUGCAUGACAAGUUGCUAAAAGGUACAGAAAUACUUGCAUAUACAGUGUAAUUUGG